AGUGAAAGUCGAAGGGGGGGGGGAGAAAAAACUAGAGAGGAGAAGUCUUUGCUGGGAAACAAAAUAUUUCUUCUGACCACGUCGCUAUGCUGCUCUGCAAAACCGAUGGUUGCAGGACAGAAAUAGUUGAGGUCCGGACUAUUUUUACUAGUGCUUUCGUGCAGCACACUAUUCAUUCAUUCCUUACAGGGCUGGCAAAAUGAAUCCGUCCAGCUCCAAAGCUUUCCACUCCCAGUAAAGGGGGGAAAUUGUAGUUGUUACAGUUCCUCCUCCGAUCUUUUAAAACUGUCUGUGAAACCGGUGAUUUCAAACUUCUGCGAUCAAUAUCUGUAUUUACUUAUUUAUUUAUUAAAGAAGAAGAAUCACAGAGUAUAGUUUUGCGUAAAUCCCACAUGCGCUAUCUCGCUCUCCGCGCACCCUCUGUUGUUUUAGAUCAGUUAAGUCAGAGAGAGGCGUAGUAAGGAUAUCGCAUCGUUAAUGUUUAUAUCUUUUCCCUCUGGUUUCCAAAGUUAAUCGUAGUGAAAAAGGGGCUGGUGUAACAGUGUAUGAGGGAGGAGGAGGAGGGGGGCUGGUGCGGUCGUGGCAGAGCUUUGAAGCUCACUUAUCAGAGCGCAGGGGCCCGGGGACGGAGAGAGACUCAUCAGAGGCAAGAGUCACAAUAACGUGUGGCGAGCGGAGCUGAAAUCUGUGCGCAACUGGAUAAAAGAGAAAAGUGGGGUCCGGAUGGAGCGCAAAAUAACAGGAAUAUUACAUGCUGGGGGUUUUCUCGCAAAUGGAUUACCAAAGGAAUAUGACAUUCUGCUGGACUGCCCCGUUCAUGUGUGAAAUCGGAUACUUGAGGUAACAUCUCCACCAGUGUGAAACAGGAAGUGUCGUCUGUGAGCAGACAUGGGCCAGAAAGCUGCGCUUCUGCUCAGUGAGCUGCUGCUGCUGUUACUGACAGUCUCGCGCACUCUCCUCGCAGUCAGCUUCCCGGAGGACAUCGUACCCCUCGAUGUCGUUGACGCGCACUUUUCACGGCGGUACCCUGUAUUCAGAGGCAGGCCCUCUGGCAACGAGUCCCAGCAUCGCCUUGACUUUCAGCUGAUGACCACGAUACAGGACACUCUGUUCAUCGCUGGCAGAGAUCAGGUGUACCUAGUCAGCCUGAGAGAAUCCUACAGGAAUGAGAUCAUUCCUUACCGGAAACUAACAUGGCGAUCGGGCCAAGCUGACAGAGAGAUGUGUGCUGUGAAGGGAAAACACAGAGACGAGUGCCACAACUUCAUCAAAGUUCUGGUUCCAAGAAAUGAUGACCUGGUGUUCAUCUGUGGUACUAAUGGCUUCAACCCAAUGUGCAGAUACUACAGGCUGGAUAACCUAGAGUUUGAUGGGGAAGAGAUCAAUGGACUGGCACGGUGCCCAUUUGACUCCAAGCAAACCAACGUUGCCCUUUUCGCUGAAGGGAAGCUGUAUUCUGCAACUGUAGCUGACUUCCAGGCCAGCGAUUCUGUCAUCUAUCGGAGUAUGGGUGAUGGAUCAGCCUUGAGAACCAUCAAGUAUGACUCCAAAUGGCUGAAAGAACCUCAUUUCCUGCAUGCUGCAGAGUAUGGGAAUUAUGUGUACUUUUUCUACCGGGAGAUCGCGGUGGAGCACAGCAAUCUGGGAAAAGUUGUGUAUUCCCGCGUGGCCCGAAUCUGUAAAAAUGACGUGGGUGGGUCACAGAGGGUGCUGGAGAAGCACUGGACCUCUUUCGUGAAGGCGAGGCUGAACUGCUCCGUGCCGGGGGAGUCCUUCUUCUACUUUGAUGUGCUCCAGUCCAUCACCGACAUCAUCGACAUCAACGGGGUUCCCUCUGUGGUGGGUGUGUUCACCACGCAGAUGAACAGUAUUCCAGGGUCAGCGGUGUGUGCCUUCUCCAUGGCUGAUAUAGAAAAAGUAUUCUUGGGCCGGUUCAAGGAGCAGAAGACUCCUGACUCCGUGUGGACUCCGUUCCCAGAGGAGAAGUUACCCAAACCUCGACCCGGGAGCUGUGCAGGUCACGGUCCAUCUGCGUCCUUUAAGAGCUCCGUCGAGUUCCCGGACGAUACCCUGCAGUUCAUCAAGUCCCACCCCCUCAUGGACACAGCUGUGCCUUCUAUAGGAGAUGAGCCUUGGUUCACCAAGACACGGGUCAGGUACAGGCUGACAGCGCUGGCUGUGGACAGUGAAGCAGGACCCCACAAGAACUACACAGUGGUGUUCAUCGGGGCUGAGUCGGGGGUCGUCCUCAAGGUUUUAGCCAAGACCUCCACCGUGUCUCUGAAUGACAGCCUGCUCCUGGAGGAAAUAGACAUCUUCAACAGGGCCAAGUGCCUGUCUAACCGUGAGGAUGACAAGCGUGUCCUCUCGCUGCAUGUGGACAAAGACGCACACAGCCUUUAUGUCGCCUUUUCAAGCUGUGUCAUCCGUAUUCCCCUGAGCCGCUGUGAAAGGCAUUCCUCCUGCCACAAGUCCUGCAUUGCAUCAAGGGAUCCUUAUUGUGGCUGGAAGCCUCACGGAGCCUGUGAGAGGAUACAGCCGGGUGUUUUGGCUGGAUAUGAGCAGGAUGUUGAAUUUGGAAACACGGCCCACCUCGGAGACUGUCAAGCAUUUUUGGGCACUACUUCAGCGCCAGAUUACAAAUCAUUUGGCGAUCCUACCUCUGACAUGGAGUUUUCAUCAGCGCCAGUCACUAUCCAGCCCAGUGGGCCCAUACUCCCCCCAGUACUCAUACCCAGUCAGAGCCCCAGCUCUGGGCCUGAUCCAGAGCUCUACGGCUCACGCUUUGUGCUGCAGGAUGACCCAGCCACCUCCCGUUCUUUAGACUCUAUCCCAGGGGGCCAAGAGGGUGUGUGGGAUAUACAAGCUGGUGAGACCAACCAGAUGGUCCACAUGAACAUCCUGAUCACCUGCGUGUUUGCUGCUUUUCUCAUGGGUGCCCUACUGGCAGGUUUAAUUGUGUUCUGCUACCGAGACUCAUUCCUCCGUAAACCAAGACAUGUCCACAAGGAUGCAGAGUCUGCACCAUCUUGCUCUGAUUCCACUGGAAGCUUUGUCAAGCUCAAUGGCCUCUUCGAUAGCCCUGUAAAGGAGUACCAAACCAACAAUGAUUCUCCGAAGUUGUACACCAAUCUUCUCAGCACUGGCAAAGACCUGAACGCGCCCAACGGUGACACUAAAACCGUCAUCUUGCGGGAUGGAUGUCAGCCCCCCGAGUUGGCUGCUCUGCCCACACCAGAGUCUACCCCUGUGCUUCAGCAGAAAGGUCUACAGCCCAUUAAAAACCAGUGGGAGAGGGCACAUGGGAAGGUCGGUGGGUCCCGUAAGGAGUCCAACUCAUCUGCCAAGAGUCCUCAGUUCCUUCCUUCUUCUCCUACUCCUGCUAACUCUAGCUCCCACCACCCUCACCUCGCCCUGGGACACUCGCACAUCCCAAGCGCCGUGGUCUUGCCCAACGCUACACAUGACCACCCCACCCAUGACCAUGACAAUGGGGAAGAUACACUACCACAUUCAUCUGAAAAGAAGCUUAAGAACCCAGAUUCUAAAGGAACUAAGAAAGACCAGAAGAGGUCUGUGGAUGCCAGAAAUACCCUAAAUGACCUUUUAAAACACCUCAAUGACUCUGUGGCCAACCCCAAGGCCAUUCUUCAAGAGGGAUCAGUACCCCGCCCGAGGCAGCACCUCACACUCGAGCCCAUGGAGGAACUGACUGAAAUACCCCCCAAGGUGCCCAGUCGAGAAGCUUCCUUGUACUCUCCCUCCUCCUCCCUGCCGAGGCACAGCCCCACCAAGAGGGUUGAUGUGCCCAUGCCCACUACACCAACGGGAAGCCUGAGCAUGGGGGGCACCCUGGAGAGGCAAAGAGGGGGGUACCAACUCCAGCGGAGUGCAUCUCACAGGCACUCCUUAUCCACUUCACCAAAUGGGGUAACCAUGGGGGUGUCUGUGUCUCGCCAACACAGUAUGAACAGGGGGGGUUACAUGCCUCCGACACCCCCCUCCAGACUUGAUUCACAUGGUGGAGUUAUGGCACCAGGAAUGCAUUCAGCCCACCCACCCUCAGUAUCCAGACAGAGCAGCUACAGUGGGCAUGGCUCACUUCCUCGCACCGGGCUUAAACGGACCCCUUCAAUAAAGCCAGAUGUGCCGCCUAAACCCAAUGGGUUUUCACCACAGACUCCACAAAUGCGAGUAGUCAACAAGUACAGCUAUUAAAAGACCAUGGACACUUCAAAGUGAGUUCUUGGCCUUGACUGUAGAGCUUUGAGCCCUGAGGGCUUGAGGGAGGGAGCACAGAUGGGAUAAGGCCUAGUGUGUGUUUGUGUAUCAACUUGAGGUGUAUUUCCCCUUUAAAUGAUAUGCACAUUCACUCACACUAAAACCAGAAAGUCAUACAUAUGGCCAAAGAUACUCGUUGGGGCCUCUUUGCAACCCUGCAAGCCAACCUCCCUCCCUUGCCACAGUAGCCACAGGAUAUGAUCAGUGGACAGUGGUGAAUCUGCUGCUGCCCAGUGUAUCUGGGCUUAGGUCUCACCCGUUACCACAUUUGGAGCGAGGUUUAGGACACCAGCAGAGGCCACGAUGGUGUAUGUGGGACCAGGUCAAAAAAAACAGUGGAAUACUUGAAGAAUGGGUCUCAUUUGUCACUCCCCUUGAGCACUGUCUUCCCACUAAUGUGAAGUGAACAGAGAGAAGCCAGAGGCCAUAGCUUUGGCUGUAAGAUGGCAUAAGGCAGAUGGAGGGGAAGAUCAAAACGUAUAGCGCGUGUGUUGUUUUAAGAUACACGUGGCCGUAAACAGCUGAUCAAAACUGUAAGAAAAGAGAAAGUGUGUGUGUGU